AUAGCUUGAACUAAGCUUACUUCAGGGGGAACAUUCAGAGGAGGAAGAGGAGUUGUAAGGGAAAAAGGGAUUAACAAGAGGUGUCUAUCGUCUCCUAAUAAGGCUUACCGACGAAAAUGACAACCAUUCUGUCAUUGCCUCCAGAACUUCUCACUCGGAUUCUGGACUAUGUCUAUGACAGCGAAUUACCAAGCGUUUGUUUAUCGUGUAAAACACUGAGAGAUGUGGUUUAUAAUCACAGUAUAUGGCAGAAGAAAUGUAAACAAGAAUAUAACUUCAAAUCCAUUGAGGGUUGGAAUGUGAAUUACUGUAUUUUGUAUAACAAAGUUUUACGGCGGUACGGUGAAUUAGUGGGCUUCUGGAGGAGAGAUUCCCAAUAUUAUGGAGGUUUACUGCAAAUCAAGUUUGACAAAGGAUGCAUCAAAGGACUGGAAGUACUGCCUCCAGCUGGUUCAAGUGUAGAUAGACCACUACGGAUGACGGAGAUUUUUACUAUUUCAAUGACGUCAUCAGAAACUGUACAGAUUGUUUCUGUACAUAAUUUUCCAAAGGAGGAGGACGGGGAAGAAAAAGAUGUACAACGGCCAUGUUUACUUCAUGUGGAGGAAAACGAAAGGAAUAAAAGAAUUCUAGAAUAUAAAGUUACAGACAAAAAAUAUAUCCUUCAGAAAGAGGAUCUGAACAACCACCCAGUGUUAAAGAGAUGGCUUGACGAGGAUUUUCUCGAGAGAGGUGUGGACUAUUUGUCUUCAAGACAUGAAUAUCGGUGGUCUCCCCUGGAGCUAUCAAGUAACAGUGUAUCUAAUGUUCCUAUCCAACCAGGACUGUUCAAAGGUGCAUGCUGUCUUAGGGGUAUCGAGAUACUGAGUCUGUACUACACUGAGGAUUUGAGGAUGCUCAUGGUCACAAAUAUCACGGGUGUACAACAUACCCCUGCCAGGAAAUUUAUUAUACACGGUAUUCUGGGCCGCCCAAGGGUGUUGACAGUUGAGCAGCAGGAAAGUGAGGAUAUCCUGUCGGCGGCCCAUAGACAUAACGAGAACGAGCAUCCGGAUCGACCCGCGGCCCAACAACCCUUUCGGAUUCCGAAAGAUUGCUUCCACCAAGACAUUCCGGACAUUCCGAAAUUCUGUACUUUCAGAUGUACCGCAGUGGCAUGUUUUCCAAGUUUUGACAAGUUUACCAAUACUUUCGACUCGCAUGAAUGUGUCGCCCAUUUUGUUGUAUUUGAUGAGAGGAAAUUCGGAUUGUGUUUGAGAUCCUCGGAGUUGUUCAUUCUCUACAUCAGAGUGGACGACAAUGAAUUGAAAGACUAACCUUUUGAUUGACUGAAGUGAAUUUUCAAUUGAGAACUUUAUACAUUUGAGAUAUCUACAAAUAGUACCCAUAGAGUAUUCACUAUAACUCUGCAUUAUUUUUACAUACUUCAUCUUUAUUGAGGUCAGAGUAACCUGAUUUAUUUAUUGUAUGUGGCACGACUAACCUACCAGAUGCAAAAAAAAAAUGAAUGUCAUAUUCGGAAUAGAAAAAAAAUACGAAAAAGUUUACAUGUAUAUGUAGUAAUUUGGAUAAAUUAGUUUUUUUAUGUAAUUUAAACAAAAGUACUGUAAAAUAAAAAAUAAAAAAUC